CACACACACACACACACACACAGCCAGACCACGUGUAGUAAUCUGCGAGGGCUCAGUAGUUUGUCUACCGUGUGUGUGGGAGGUUGUGUCGCUCUUCUCUCUCCGCUCCCCAGCCACCGCGUCCACCUCCCGGUCUCUAUCUUACUUCCACCGCCCCUUACCACUCGUCCACCCCUCCACCCACACCCACCACGGCCCUUACUCCCCUGUGGUGGUGUGGAAAAGUGGAAAAGUCAAGCAGGCGUGUGGAAAAAGGACCUGCUUGUGUUGUUUUUUUCCCUCCCUCUUUCCGUUCCUUCGGUUCCCACCCUGGUGUCUUCCUUCCUUCCCUCCCAAUCCGUCCUUCCUUCCCGCCCGCGUGUGUGCCCCGCGUGUCCUUCCCGAAACUCGACGCGACUGAUCCAACGACAAAACGACCUCAUUACGUCGCCACCUGCCCUUAAUUACCUUCGUCAGGUGGUGAUGGUGACAACACAAGCAGGCGGCUACAGGUGGUGACGGAGGUGCACUAGGCGGGUCCCACUCACACCCACGCCCUCCACCACCCUACACCCCACCACGCCCAUCACCUCCACUGAUCCUCACGCCCCUCCGUGCCACGUUACGCCCUCUGCGGCUAUUAUACGCCCGCGAUCCGCCCAUAACAGCCCACGGUAAUGACCAUGGCAAGUUCCAGCGGCAGUGGCCCAGGGGAAACGGGCGGUGGGCAAGCGGGCGGCGACUCCCCAGCUUCCACGCCGCCCGCCGCCCUCGCCCCGGAGCCCCUGCACCCGCCCACAGCCGCUACCGCCGCCGCUGCCGCCGCCACAGGGCCGCCAGUGAGUCCCCUUGAUGACCGAGUGAGGGUGACUGACAAAUAUCAAGAAAUUCGUGUCAUUGGCAACGGGGCGUACGGGACUGUCUACUUCGCCAAGGACAGAGGUAACCAGGAGCGCGUGGUGGCCCUGAAGAAGAUCCGCAUCACACUGACGGAGGACGGCGUUCCAGUGAGCGCCGUCAGGGAAAUCUCUCUCCUGAAGCAGCUGGAAAGAUUCGAACACCCCAACAUCGUCAGGUUGCUUGAUGUGUGCCAGGGUCAGGUGGAGCACGAGCGGCGGCUGAACCUGGUGCUGGUGCUGGAGUACGUCAACCAGGACCUCUCGCAUUACCUCAAUGGAUGCCCCUCCCCCGGGCUCGACCAGGCGAGAAUCAAGAGCCUGAUACACCAGAUCCUGUGCGGCGUGGACUUCCUACACAGCAACCGCGUCAUCCAUCGAGACCUGAAGCCACAGAACAUCCUGGUUGACGGGAACGGUCGCGUUAAGAUCACCGACUUCGGCCUCGCUCGAAUAUAUGACUUCAACAUGAGGUUAACGACUAUGGUGGUGACGCUGUGGUACCGUGCCCCCGAGAUUCUGCUCAGCACCAGCUACGCCACUCCUGUCGAUGUGUGGUCCUGCGGCUGCAUCUUCGCCGAGCUCUUCCGACGCAGACCGAUGUUUGAGGGGCACACGGAGGGCGACCAGCUACAGAGAAUAUUCUACGUGAUCGGGACACCCCACGAGAGAGACUGGCCCAGGGACGUGUCACUCUCCCGCAACAACUUCAGCAACCACAUAGCCAAGCCCGUGAGGGACGUGGUGCCAGAGAUCACAGAUGACGGCUCAGAUCUCCUCGAGAAAAUGUUGAGAUUUGUGCCGAGCCGUCGUAUCUCUGCUGUGGAGGCACUGCGCCACCCUUACUUCCGGGAGCUGAACACACCGCCGCGCAUGAUGGCCACCAGCAACCGAUCCACGCUCACACAGCAAGUCCUCAGCCCCGCGCCCCUCGCCACCAGCAGCCCCACCACCGCAGGCCACCACCACCACCAUCACCACCACCCUCGACAGGCCAACCCGUCCUCCACCACAACCACCACCACCACCACCACCUUCAGCAACGCCUCGGUACUGGCGCAGGUCAACACCAAUGACGAGAACAACCCCAAUGCAGUGAACAGUGCCAACACCAAUGCCAUGAUAACCAGAGCGCCUGAGCCCAAGGUUGCCGAGCGUGCCAUUACCACCGCCACCACCUCCACCAACACCGACUCCAGCACCACGGUGUCCCCCGCCCCACAGCCCGUCACCAAUACCACAGCCCCGUCAACCUCCCCCCCCACCCCCGCCGGCGGCAACACCUCCUCCAGCAAGUAGCUCACCACACCGGUUAAUGUGUGUGGUUGGGGGGGAGGGGGGUGUAACCAUGGGACAGACUGAAGUAUGAGUGAAAGUGAGAGUGAUAAUAAUAGGGUGUCUGUGCCGGGGGGGGGAUAUACGGGGGUCAUAAGGCGGCGUUACACAGCAACCGCCACAGGGAAGGGAGAGUGUUCCUGGGCCGUGCAGGGUAUCAUGAAAUCUCAGAAAACGUGCACCAGCAAGGACUUGACACAAGGCUUCUGGGUGUGUCGUUCGUGUAUUAUAUAGCGGGAAAUAAGUCAUCAAGGUGAAUCUUUUGCUAUCAAGAGUUCCCGUGUCUCACCUGUGCCUUGGCGGUGCCUGGGUGCCAGGCGGCAGGUGGCACCGGCCAGUUGGCGUUGUGCUCCAUGUAAUGCUUCACACAAAGUUCCUCACCGUAGUUUUGCUUCUCCCUUCAACAGAUGAAACAUGCCAGAGCACUUCCUUAGUUAAUAAAGCAGCACAUGUAAUGCAUUCAUUAACUAUUUUAUACAGUAUAGAUAAUAAUAAUAGUCUCCCACGAGCAUUCCUUGUCAACAUUCCUGGGAAGAAGAUGAUUUUAGUAGUAUUUUUUUGGUGUAUUACAAACUGAUGCUGGAGACCAGACACAUUGUAAUAUUUGUUUGUCGAGGCUCAGCACAGUACUGUACCCUUAGCUGUUGGCGUGUGCAGUCUUGAGGGCGAGUAGUGUGGGAAGUGGGUAGUAGAAGGCUGAGGAGGAAAUGGUUCAUCAUGUGGCCAAGUAGUAUAUACAUGUUGUUAAUCUGGCUGAAUGACAUGGUGCCUAUAAUGAACUAACAAGUGUAUGCAAGCACAAGGAGCUUCUUUAGUAUUAAUACUGAUAAUGUGUUAAUUGUUAAGCUGAAGUCCCUCUGUAUUUAUUGGUACUUAUGUGUGAGAGUGAGAGAGUAGCCUUUACGGGAUUGAUAAUAAUAGUGAAUGUUUUCAUUCCAUGACAAGAAAGGAAAGCAUGAGAAGAAAAUCAAGUUGUCAUGCAUUGUUAUGGGAUGAUGCAGGACGUGUAAGCUUGUUGAGAAAAUCUAGUGAUAAGAAAUUGAGGAUGUAACACCAAGAAGUAGCGACAAGACCGCUAGUGUUGCCAGCGUUGUCUCAGUCGCUGCAUGUGUGCAAGUAUAUCAGGGAAGUCUGCCGUCGCUGCCUCCAAGUAACGUGUGUAGUUAAUUUAGCUUCUUUUCAUCCCCAUGAGCUCAGCGAUCCCUAACUAGCUAUUUAUUAGUGUGGUGUUAAUUGUUCUGUUCCAAAAUCACAACAGAAUGUACCAUGUUUCAGCCGGGCAGUUCAAGGUCACACAGCCAUUGCUUCACUACUGGAGCAUUGGUCAUGUAAAACUGUAUUUCAUAUGUGUUGCAAUGUAUGUGCAUGCAGUGUCUCUUGAGCAAUAAUUGUCUUGCAGUUUAGUUCACUGGUCUGACUGUAAAUACUAUCUUUCCAGCCAUUCAGUUAAGUUUUCAUGUGAUUCUGUCAUCCAAUGUCCUAACUUGAGAUUUGCUUAUUUCAGGCUAUUUUGUUAUUAUUCUCCAUAAAUAGUCAUCUUUUGAGUGUCAGUCACCGGUGCAAUUUUUUUUCUUGAUAUGUUUUGCUCAAGAAACUUGUGUAUCAGACAUGAAUUGGCUCUUAUUGCAGACAAUCCUUUUGUCUGAUUUUGUCACUUUUUUUUUAUUCUUGCAUCUUUGCCCUCUUUAGUGUGACCUAGGUGCUGUGUUGCUGUGGGGAUGACAGACACCCCACAGCCUGGCAUGGAACACUGGUUUGCUCGACACCUAAUGAAUAGAGUUGCUGCCGGCUGCAGUUUCCGGGUCGGUCGUAAAUAGUCCCACUUUCCUCAGUCAUUACGGACUAAGUGCAAGUUUCAUUUGGAUUAGAGACUGCAAUGAAAGUCCAUCUUCCUGGAUCAACGCUCUCCAGAGUUAAUCGACGAAGGUGGAUUUUUGUUGAAUUUUUUUCUUUUAUUUAUUCCAGUUAUGAAUAUGUAGGAUAUUUUAUUUAUCAUGGUGUGUGUGAUGUGUGGUGUUAAGUGAUCAGUAUAUAAAAAAAAAAGCAAACAAGAAAGACAGACCAUUAAUAUUUUGCUAUAAACUGGCCAGCCAAAAGUUGGUCAACUCUCGUCACCUAAACUUUUCAUUUGGCUAUAGUAUUGAUGACAAAAAUGAGUAGGACGUGUACAGUGUACACUAUGGCUUAUGCAUUUGUUGUAUGCUCUCACAGUAGAUGGUGAUGUAGCCAAUGCUGGGUAGUUCUUAUAAUAUUCAGACCAAUUUAAUUUUUGAGUGGUAUACAUAAUCCUUUUUGUGACAUGCAUCUCUGUGUCUCAUUCUCUUGAAGUUGAAAAAUAUUCAUUCUCUAUUGCUUCAUUACACCAAGUUAAAAUGUCAGCUUUUGUCCUGCAUGGGAAGCAUUGUUGUGUGUCUUAGCAGUGCUUCAGGCAUAUUUAAGUGUCUGCUACUGACCUCAAACAGAUCCUUUAUGUAUGCUGAACUUCCUACACUCUGAAUUGCACCCUUAGAGUAGAUUCCUCUCCCACUGCCAUAGACUGCAUAUCUUAAUAUUAGGAGCACAGCCAUGCAUUUCUUCAGAGUAUUAUUGAUGCAGCCACCAGCAAGUGGGAUUACCAGCCACCAGAGUUUCUGCUGCAGUCACCACCACAUUCUAGUACCUUGUGUUCACCUAAUGUGUACUUGUUUUUGCUUCCUAGUAAAAUUAUUAAUGUAGUUGAGCAAGCAUUAACAGCCAAUAACACUUAUGUUAGUGAAGUGAUUAACAGGAGCCCUUUAUGUUAUUGUAUUGACCUACUUAUACCUGCUGUAAACAAGACAAAUGCUUAUGAUAAUGGGUACUAUACUCAUUUAUAUUCAUUGAUAAUAGUAAACCUGUACAGCUUUCCUUAAGGGUAAAGCUUAAAACUCUAACCAUGGAUUAUAUUGAUUAUUUGAUUAAUUGAUGAUGCAUGGUAGUGGAUUAUGAUGUUUUACAAAAUGAUUUAUUAUCAAUCUAUAGUUUAUACAUACAAACAGCAUUUCCACUCGCAUUUAUCAUUGUAUGUAGUGAAAAGCUCAACAGAACAAAACAUGUAAGGGUUUGUACUGGGUAGAACAUUUGUUAUGUGUGGCUUGUGGAUUUCACUGUUGUACUAUGAGCAGAUACACAGCUGUGCACACAAGACUGUGGCUCAAGAGUGUGUGAAGCCACAAGUUACUGUUUGGUACAAAGUAUUGUUCACCUGCUAAGGGUGCACAUCAUUUAAGGGUCCAAACCUUGUGAUACACUUUUAGAAUGGAGCAAUGAACUCCCUUGAUUCCAUAGUAGAGAUUGUGGCUGUAACAUGAUGGCUGUUCUAUAGGUUUUGGAACUUUGUUCCUCUUGUGGUAGUGUAACUCGGCAGCCUCGCAUGAAUACACAGUGCCACGGCACUAAGCUACCGAGGGUCAGAGAAGUCACAAUCCUUGACCAGUAGCAGGUGCACAACUGUCUUCUUGUCCUCCACCCAGGACGCAUCAGUCCUGUGGGGACACGGUGACCUCAACGGCAGUGUUGGUCCCCGGGUGGCUGGCACGGAAGCCUGGAGUGCCGGGUGAGUUGUGCCAACUGGUGGCGCAGGAUCACGUUGGCCUGGAUGGGCUACCCAGCGACAGUUUUCCAUUGUUGAAGUUUUCGUGUCACAGAAGGAAGACUUCACACUUUUUUCCAGGGAAUUUAAAGAUGAAGAAAGAAAGAUAUGUAUAUUUUUCCAGUUCAAAACUCUACAAGAAUUUUUUAUGUGUGGACAGUAUAGAUAUGUGGCAUGUAGUGAAGGAAUUUAAUCUGCCACAAGAUGUUUUUAAUAUUUUAUUAUUAUUGAUUUUAUUUUAUUGAUCAUCUGAAGAAUGUAGUGAAAACUACUUCUUAGUCACACUGGAAAGAAAAAUUUUUAGAGACACAAGUGAGUGUCACAGUGCAUUUACAAAUCUGAGAUCUGUCAUUGUCUCCCCUGUGGCCAGUGUUGCCACGGGGGAGACACAGAUGAACAGUCUGCCUCCCUCUGUUUGCUCCAUGUUUUAUAUUUAUGUUCCUUUUCUCCCUCUCCUGUACUCUGCAUUGAGAUUUAUCACUUACCUUUCACAGAAGACGUAAUCUCAUCUUCUGGUCUUCCAUUUCUCAUUUCAUCCAAGGUUUCAUUAUUCCAUGAAAGAAUUACUAUUUUACUAAUAUUUGUUCAAACUAAAUUUCUAUAGAUAUAUUUUUUCAUAUUAUAUAGAGGACUUGUGUGAAACUAAUGGGCUUUCCUCAAUAAUCUUCACUGCUAACCAAACAAUGACAGGACGUGCGGGGCCCUGGAUGCCGUGCUGCUGCUGUCAUCAGGAGUUCUGCCGCACGGCUAGCCUGGGCCAUGCUCCCCACACAUGGGCAUUUAUGCAAAUCUAUGUAUUUUUAUUUUGGUACAAUAUAAUCUCAUGCCCAUUCCUUGCACUGUAACUAACAUGUACAAAAAGGUGCCACAUUGUGUUUGACAUUGUAACACUAAAUAUUUUGACUAUUUCAACAAAGACAUCAUUUUGUAGUACUACAUAUUACACAUUGUAACUUUUUUUUUUAUCUAUUUAUCUUUUUUUAAUGAGUGUGUGUGUGUGUGUGUGUGUGUCUGUGUGGUUUGGGAGGGUUUGUCCUUCACUUCCUGGUAUCACACUAUGUAAUAAUCAAUUCUUACACUGUGGUUUCCUAUUUCACCCUAAUCUGUGAUCACCAUUAAAGUAGCCUACUAGCUUACAAUGCAGCCACUGCUGUCAGUAUUACAUACUCUGUAUCUUGUAUGUCAUCUGCCAGUCACACUAUGCCAUUUAUAGUGGCCAUGUAACUUCCUUAGUCUCUUAUUUCUCUCUACAGUAAUAUUUCUACAACCAUUUAAUGAUAUCUUCACUCCAGUCUGUGACUAAACGAUUCCUAUGCCUUUUGUUGAGGCCUUUUUAAGCAAACAGUUUCCCUUUAACCUUGAUGACCUCCCAGCAACCACAAGAGUCCAUAACUUCACCCAACACAUCAAGACGAUUAAGGUGCCUUCCAUCGCAUUUAGUGUCGUAAAUCGAUUUUUCCUGGCAAAGUGGCCGUGCCUGUGUGCCGCUCUCCUCGAAACUAACUACGUCUAGGUGUAUUCUUGCCAGUGCUUGGUGAGAGUAAGGUUUAUGAAUUAGUGUUCCAACGUAAACUAGUAGUACAAGUAGUAGUGCCUAUUUGAUAUGAAUGUCUGUCACGUCAUUUUAUUUUUACGAUUUGAUUCCUCUGAUGAUGAUGAUGAUAAGUGAGAUGUGUUUUGUGUAUAUAUAUAUAUUUUUUUUAUGAGAAUGUGAAGUGAAUUUCAUCCAGCAUUUAUUUAUAUGUAUACAUCACUCUUGCAUGUGUACUGCAGCGAUGUACACUCCUAGAAACACAAGCAUGCACGUGGAAAUUUCAACACGAAUUGGUUUAUUUGACAGACUGAUUCUGCAUGACCCUCAAAAAAUCUUUCUUAAAUAGUUGUCCUGGAGAGCCUUCCCUUGCCACACCACCACCACCAGCAUUGCCUUCAGGUCAGGAGGGGGAAGCUGCGUCCUGGCUUGAUGCUUAGCUGUGUGUGUGGUGAGGUGAGGUGAGGACUCCAACCCACCAACCACAUAAUGUAACUUUGUAUCAUCAGAAACAGCUGUAGGUACAGUAAGCCUUCUCCUACUUUACUGAGCAUGGUUAAGAAAUACUCCUUAAAGUCACAAUGCAUAUCUACACUAUCUGAUGACCUUACCAUAAGUCUCAGAUAUGUAUUUUUUAUUUAUACAUUAAUGUAGCAAUAAAAUAAAUCUAAAAAAUCA